AUGUUUAAACAGGCAGGUGGCCGUGCCGGGAGACGUGGCUACGAUUCUGCGGGGCAUAUCAUUUUUUGGGAAGUUCCUUUUAGAAGAAUUAAUCGUCUCCUUGAAGCUCGCCUUCCCGUCUUUUCUGGCGAUUUCCCGGUUACGCCAAUGCUAGGGACGUUGGAAGCGCUUUGCGUCCAGGAGCAUCUCUCUCAGACUGAACGCGAGCAGCUGCUGCUGCAAGUGCUCGCCAUCUGCUGUGAUCCUAGCAACAGCAGCGAAAUACCCUCCAACUUUGUGCUGCAGCAGGUCCUGCAGCACCGGCGGGAAGUCUCACGCUAUCGCAUUUUGCAGUAUGCCUCCGCAACGAACGACGCUGCAGCGCUCGGUGCAGCAGUGGCAGCCUCGCAACAAACUCGGGCAGAUCUUCGCCCCUUCACGCAAAGAUUCCCUCGACCAUUAGAGGAAGCCGUGGAAGCCUUCAAUAGGCUGGUGCAGCAGUGCUGUCUGCAGUCGCCUUUUGCGGCUAUGAGCUGUUUGCAAGACUCGCAGGUGUCUUUGAGCAGCGAGAUGCUGCAAGACAGCCUCCGCAUGCAUCUGCCGUUUCAGCCGGAGGUGAUGUGUGCGAUGUGCCCCCUUGAGGUGCAGCGAUUUCCUGUAUUCGAUCCGGCAGCGGGCAGGACCACCUUUGUUGAGGUGUAUAGGAAGAAUAGCUACCUGCGCGACUUGUAUCUUCAUGGCAAGCUGACGCGCGUAGUGUCUGAGAACGGCAUUGCCCCAGAGAGCCUGUGGAAGCUGCUGCAUCACUUUGUUGGCUCGUUGAGGCACCUGCAGGAAGGUUUGCAGGUGCUUGAGCUGCAGGAUGGCACGGCGGGUGCUCACCUAGCGCUUUCUGUUGCGCGUCUGCAUGCGCGCAUGAAAGAAGUGCUCGUGGAGGAAUCUGCCUAA